UCACUUCCUGUCCUCGUCUUGCUUGUCAGUCACACUGACGAAAUGUACAUUUAAUGCUUCGUCAGCGUUUCUUCUGUCUGAGAUAAUCCAACACUUAACUCGAAUAGAAACACUUUGUCAACCAGAUGAUAUUUUUUAAUGUCCAUCACCUUGUUUGUUUGUAAACAGGAUUUCACAAAAUGGUCCUUUGCAGAAACUUAAAACCUGAAAUAGUUUCUUUUCUUUCUAGUUUGGCAAAAGCCUCAACUAUUUUACUCUCGACAUGUGAACCCAGGUCGUGUGUCAUCAGUCGUUGGUAACUGUCUGUUAGUCUGAUGGUUACUGUAGUUGGUUCUCUGAGAUUUCACACAUUUUAUGACUGCACAGAAAACAACACGAAGUCUGUGUAACCGACCGUUUGUUGUGUCAAGACCUUUUUUUAUGGAAUUCAAAACUGCAGCUUUGUUGCAUCUGUGUUUUCCCUAAAGCUGCUUUCAGACCUGCACUGAACUCCUGAUAAUCUCCUGAAGUUCUCAGGAGGUGCUGUUUGUGACAACAUAAGCCAUUUUCAGACAUGAACUCCCGAUCAUGUCCACAGAAUUGGGUCUGGACUUUCUCUGGAGUCUGGAGAAUGUUCGGAGUCUCUCACUCAGAAAUGAUGUCAGGAGAUUAUCAGGAUUUCAGUGGGCAGGACUCUGGACGAGAGUAGAAAUCAGUAGUCCGAGUUUGUUUCAGCUUAAGUUUGCUUUAUUUGAAACACAGGAACUUUCAGCUCAUAAUAAAUCCACAGACGCAACAGUUUCCAUGAAAGCUUCUUUGGAUCUGAUGGUUUCUGACGCAGGCUGCAACCUGACGCUUUCAGGAAACUUCCAAUACGCCGCCUGGAGCCUGUGCGCGCUGCGUUCAGGUACAAGCAUCAGAACCAUCACCUGCGUCCCCUCGUUGACCAUUAAAACUUUCGAUUAUGAUAAAGGCCGUGGAUGACUUGAGGUUCAGCAGCAAGCUGACAUUCAGUGUUUAAUGAGCGAGUGGGAGACCCCUCAGCCUCUUCUAUGAAGUUUGGUGAUUUAAAGGAAACUGCACAACCACAAUUUCACACCUUGAUCAUUGCUGCAUCACACAUUGUCUCACUCUCUCCCUCCCCUGUGUGUCUGUGUCUCUGCCUCGCCCUCGCUCUGAGUUAUAAAUAAGCUUACACACAAGCUUUCAGGACAUCUCAAACACUUUGAGGCAACUUCAGGGCGACUGUCACUCAGUCACAACAUCAGUCAGAAAAGUCUCUGGCAUCAGUCUGAAAGCCGGCACUCGCACCAGGCAGGACUUUGGAAUUGCACCGUCGACUACAAGCGGCGAUAUGAUGGUUUCCACGGCGAGGGCAGUGGUCUGUCUGUCCCUGUGUCUUUGUGUGUGUCAGGUCAGAGGAUCACACAUCCCUGCAAGGAUGAACAAAACCAUCCAGAACCUCCUGCAGCACUAUAAUAUUUCAAACAAAGACAGAUUCAACGGGAAGCCCGUCUUCCCCAAGGAGCCGCUGUCCGGCAGGAUGGAGACAAAGAUGCUGUUCAUGGGCGGCGUUUUGGAGACGUAUGAAAAGCUGAUAGGCCAGAUGUUGGAGCAGCUGCCGAACACGACUCCCCCCACAGCCGGGAGCAGAGAGGGCCUCAACUCCGCUGCCCCGGAGGUCAGCGUCAGGACGGACCUGAAUUACAUUCUGAAGAAAGUCCAGGAGCUGAGGACAAAUCGCUUCAAGGAGCAGAGCAAACUGCUGCAGGGGCUGCACGACCUCGGAGACAUCAAGAUGAAUAACUUCAUCAUCCAGAGCAAAGCACUGUGGGAGCUGCAGUGGAUGUACGAGGAGGCGAGUUCUCUGUCAAACAACACCAAGAUGCAGAGGAGGCGGCGGCGGCGGCGGAGACAAGCUCGGAAGGUCAAAACUCCUACAAGAGCCUGAGACGCCAAGAAACUCACCAUCGACCAAAAGCAAAAACAAAAACCAAAAUGUAGGAAAGUUGAAAUAUCAUGUUUUUCUGUUCUGUUUCAUCAAUGAGAACAUUUCAUGGAUCUAAUCACAAUGAACCAGCAGUCUAAGCCUUUUGGAAGUAUUGAAGUUUAAUGUAUUUUUUAAGGUAGUUUGAUGUUUUUAUACUUGAAAGUAACGUGAGGAGUUUAUGGGUCCAAAGACUUAAACUCAGUUUUAACCUGGAAACACUUGAUUCCCUGAUUAUCGAUGCUCUUUUGUAUUUUACCGACAUGUUGUAGUUUUCUAUAUUUAUUUUCAUAUUUAAAGUCUAUAUUUAAUACUGAAUCUUUAUGACUGACAGUUGAUUUAUUUAUUGUGUAUUUAUUGAUUGGCACAUGCAAGAAAAAUGCAACUGAAUAAAACAGAGUGAAC